AUGCCAAGCCUUUCAGCGCUCGAGCAUUCGCUCACGGUGCAGGUACGAGCCAUCCUCCACAAACGUUACUCCCUAAGAACGCUCAGACAUCUCGCGUUUGCAAUAGCGCUCGUGUCUUGCAUAGCAGCAGGACUAAUCACAGUGAUAUCGCUUUUCACACGGCCAUGGAAAACCCACAUGCACUACACCGCCCUCGAAAUCAAUCUGCUUGCAAGCGCAGUGAACCUGGGUGGGUACUUGACUCCUCCAUUUUUAGGCGUGCUUUCAGACUCCCAUGGUCCCGUCGUACUCAGCUGGCUUGCAGUGAUCGCGUUCGUGCCAAGUUACGCCUACAGUGCACACACAUUUCAGCAAGGCGAAGGUAGUUUUGCCCUGUCUGUUGUUGCAUUUUGCGCCAUUGGCGUUGCUACAAGUGCCCUUUAUUUUAGUGCGCUGUUGACGUGCGCCAAGCUUCACCCAGAAUCCAAACUACUCUCGAUUAGUCUUCCAACCACUUUCUACGGUCUUUCGUCGCUCGUUGCGUCUGCAGUGUUGAAACAUCCAUGGUUCUGGAACGGACGCAAAUAUCUGGACCUUGCGCGCGUUUUCAAGGCGUUUGCCUGGUUUUACGUCGUAGUGGGCCUUGCGACGUGGGUAUCUACAAGUAUCGUCGCGAUUCUUAAGACCACGGCUGAAGACGAAGAGCACGAACCUUUGAUCCCCGGUGACGAUGCGGCAGACUUGGCCUCGCUGGAGCUAGCGGAUUUAGAUUACUCGAAGCGAUUUUCGGCGUUUGCACGCGAUCCAAGCGCGUACCUCCUGCUGUUGAUCACGUUCUUGACCAUUGGCUCUCUCGAGAUGUUCCUGGCCAACAUGGGAUCCGUCGCGUCGUUACUGUAUCCGGGCGAAAAACUGAUCCAAGCCAAAGUUUUGUCGUUCUACGCGUUUUCGUCGACUUCUGCGCGGAUAUUGGUCGGUCUGGCGUCAGACUUAUUGCACUCCGGAGGAAUUUCACGCAUUUGGGUCUUAUACUUCAUGAUUGUUGUGGGGUUGUGCAGCCAAAUUCUACCCACAAUCCGUUCUCCGCCUUUAACGCUCAUUGGGAUACUGAGCGGGGCAUCUUAUGGUGGUCUAUUCACUGCGAUCCCAACGAUGACGCUUUCUAUUUGGGGGGACCGCAUUUUCGGAACUGCGUACGGCUGUUUUAUGGUCGCGCCAGCGUUGGGAUCAACUUUGUUCGGACUUUACUACGCCCAUGUUUACGAUCACAAUUGUGACUCCAAUACCGCGGGCUCCAGCUGCAUUGCGCCUGCAUUUUCUGUCACUAGCUUUUCGUUUUUGGCCGCUCUUGUUGCUUCGAUUUGCGUUUCAUAUACCAUGAAAAGACACCAAAUAAAAAUGCCAACACGCGGUCCUGAAUAA